CUCACACGACCGGUCCGACUGUAGCCACCCCGAGCUCGUUAUCAACCGGCUUUAUCAUCGGUCACCCCUCCUUUUAGGUUCUCCUCCCCCCGCGAGGCUCAUCACCUUUUUCCCUCUGUCGCGCAUUUUUACUGUGACGGCGUCCAUGCUCCUCUCCCGCACGAUUCGCCUACCCCGGACACCCCUGCGAUCGUUGAGUCCCCUCCAACCUUCAAGGUUCUUCUCCAAUUCACGUCCUCGGUUUAUAAUCGACAUGGGGACUGUGGACACGACAGAUCGGCUGUCGCAGUUGCGACAGCUGAUGAAGGAGCACAAGGUGGAUGUUUACAUCGUUCCCUCAGAAGAUAGCCACCAGUCCGAGUACAUUGCACCCUGCGACGGACGCCGAGAAUUCAUUUCCGGUUUCUCUGGCUCCGCCGGUACUGCGAUCAUCUCCCUAAGCAAAGCUGCCCUCUCCACCGAUGGACGCUACUUCAACCAAGCCGCGAAGCAGCUGGAUAGCAAUUGGCACCUUCUGAAGCGGGGCAUUGAGGGCGUCCCCACCUGGCAGGAAUGGACGACCGAGCAGGCUCAGGGCGGCAAGGCCGUGGGUGUUGACCCAUCCUUGAUCACGGCCUCCGGCGCGCGCAAGCUUGCGGAGACUCUCGAGAAGAAUGGAUCGUCUUUGGUGGGAAUUCAACAGAACUUGGUCGACCUGGUUUGGGGCAAGGACCGUCCCUCGCGGCCUCGUGAGAAGGUGCGCGUACACCCGGUGAAGUAUGCCGGCAAGCCGUUCCAGGAGAAGGUGGCCGAGCUGCGCAAGGAGCUGGAGACGAAGAAAAAGGCCGGAAUCGUGAUCUCCAUGCUUGAUGAGAUCGCGUGGUUGUUCAACCUGAGAGGAAGCGACAUCCCCUAUAACCCUGUGUUCUUCUCAUACGCUAUCAUCACCCCUAAUACCGCCGAGCUUUACGUCGAGGCGGACAAGCUUACCCCAGAGGUGACCGCUCAGUUGGGACAGGACGUGAUUGUUAAGCCAUACGAUUCCAUCUUCGCUGACGCCAAGGCUCUCAGCACGGCGCGCAGCCAGUCAACUGAUGAGGCACCUAAGAAGUUCCUCCUGUCCAACAAGGCCUCUUGGGCUCUGAGCCUCAACCUUGGUGGAGAGGAACAGGUUGAGGAGACUCGCAGCCCCAUCGGUGAUGCCAAGGCCGUCAAGAACGAGGCUGAGCUGGAGGGCAUGCGCGCCUGUCACAUUCGUGAUGGCGCUGCCUUGACCGAGUACUUUGCCUGGCUUGAGAAUGAGCUGGUUAACAAGAAGACUGUCCUGGAUGAAGUCGAUGCUGCCGAUAAGCUGGAGCAGAUUCGCACCAAGCACGAGCUCUUUGCUGGUCUGUCAUUCGAUACCAUCUCUUCUACCGGCCCCAAUGGCGCCGUGAUUCACUACAAGCCCGAGAAGGGAAGCUGCUCGAUUAUUGACCCCACUGCCAUUUAUCUCUGUGACUCUGGCUGUCAGUACCUGGAUGGAACCACUGACACCACCCGCACAUUCCACUUCGGCCAGCCUACCGAGUUCGAGAAGCAGGCAUUCACCUUGGUUCUGAAGGGUCUCAUUGCCAUUGACACCGCUGUGUUCCCCAAGGGCACCAGUGGCUUUGCUAUUGAUGUAUUGGCUCGCCAGUUCCUGUGGAAGGAAGGCCUGGACUAUCUCCACGGCACUGGCCACGGUGUUGGCUCCUACCUGAACGUCCACGAGGGCCCCAUGGGCAUCGGUACCCGCGUCCAGUACACCGAGGUUCCCAUUGCUGCCGGAAACGUCAUUUCGGAUGAACCCGGAUACUACGAGGACGGCAAGUUCGGCAUUCGCAUUGAGAACAUUGUCAUGGCCCGUGAGGUCAACACCCCCCACAAGUUUGGUGACAAGCAGUGGCUCGGCUUCGAGCACGUUACCAUGACUCCCAUUGGCCGCAAUCUCAUCGAGCCCUCUCUGUUGACCGAUGCCGAGCUCAAGUGGGUGAACGAUUACCACGCUGAGGUCUGGGACAAGACGCACCACUACUUCAACGAGGAUGAGCUGUCGCGGAAGUGGCUUGAGCGCGAGACCCAGCCCAUCUCGAAGUAGAACACUGCCAGGGGCCUGUUGUUAUUUAAAACGAGGAUGGGAGAUGGGGGAUCUCGCUGGUGCGGAGAUGACAAGCACAUUGUCUAUUACGUUCGGAUACCUUCAUAUACAAAAUUCUUCUCUUGAACAGACCUCGCAUAUGCAUGCGUGUCUCCAUCCGCUUGUUCUCGCCGGGUCUGCUUGAGGGUUAAUAGCAAGUGAUGGAGGACUGGGCCAAUGAAGAGAGUAUGGCGUUUCCUCAGCGUAAAUUUAGCUCUAGCUCCGUAAAUUUCCGUUGCAUAGAUAGACAAC